GCCGGUGGCAUUACCAUCGCUAGCCAUCCUAUUUAGCUAUCGCCAUUGUUGCUGCCAUUAGCAUCAUCAACAAUUUAUAGGAAACCCCAAAGUAGUAGAUAAGCAGAUAGAACAGGUCAAAAAUGGAAGUAGCAGCAUGCAAACGCAGCCUGAGUAGAAGGGCCUCCUCUUCCUCAUCGUUCCGCCUACGGUGCCCCAGCCUCAACUCCGUCCGAUUGCGACGCGUAUUCGACAUCUUCGACAAGAAUCAUGAUGGUAUCAUCACCGUCCAAGAGAUCCAUCAUGCCCUCGCUCGUCUAGGCCUUGAAACGGAUCUCUGUCACCUUGACUCAACCAUCAAUUCGUUCAUAAACCCCGGCAACAUUGGCCUCACCUACGAUGGGUUCGUCGCUUUGCAUCAAUCGUUGGACGAAACUUUCUUCGGGUUAGACUUGGAGGAGGAGGAGGAGGAAGACGAGUCGGAUUUGAAGGAGGCGUUUAAGGUGUUCGACGAGGACGGUGAUGGGUUUAUUUCGGCCAAGGAAUUGCAGGCGGCGUUGUGGAAACUGGGAUUACCGGAAGGAAAAGAGAUAGGUAGAGUUGAGCAGAUGAUAUGUUCCGUUGACCAAAACCAUGAUGGGUGUGUCGAUUUCGUCGAGUUCAAGCACAUGAUGCAGGACGUUGUGUUCUGCAGCUCUUGAUCGUCCUCCAUUUUGAUUACAAAUUUGUUUCUUUUGCAAUCUAUAUAUGUAUGUUGUCGACUUUGUUUAUUUACUUUUUGUUCUUGCUCCGACUGUGAAAUU